UCGCAAAGUUUUGUGGUAUCUGUGCAGCCAGAGCCCGUACUAAAAACGCAACACAAGUUUGUAACUGAGCAAGCUUUGUUCUGUUUCGCUAUCAUGUAUUUUGUUUUCAUUUUUAAGGCUGUCGUUCUUGUCAGAAGCAUAAAUUUUGUGACAUUUCAGGUGCGAUUGCUGAUUGGGGACAAACUAGGCAUUCGACAACACCUGGUCAACACAAAUGUGACGGUGAAGAUCAUCGCUGAAGAAGAAGCGAAGCUGCUCAGCUCUACGCAGAUGAAUCACAAAGAAAUCAAAACAGUAGGCAACAUUAGCAACGACUAUGAAAAAAUGACGAUGGACGAAAAAGGACAUAUGGCAGCGAAAUUCAAUAACUCGAAACUGACUCGAAUUGCUCAUCGCAAACCACCGCCAAAAGGAGCAGGAGGAGAUAUGAAAUGCUCAUUGAGUGCACAAGCGGCCACAGACCAGAAAUAUGCGUUGUUGUUUCAUAUCAGCCCAUUCCAAUUAGGGAAUCUCGGGAAGUUCGAUGUUUGGACCCUUUCACUUCCUUUGAUGGUGACUGUUCAUGGUUCACAGGACUGCGACGCACAAGGCGCUAUAGUUUGGCACCGAGCGUUUGCCUCAGUGUCACGCUCCCCAGGAGCUACUGACAUAGCGGCAGUAGCUUGGAAGGAUUUAGCACAUGUUCUGAGACACAAGUUUACGUAAGU